AUGACAACAGUUUUACGUAGUAAAGAGAACGAGUGUGAUCUUUAUCUGUUUAAAACGCCAAAGCGUACCAGUGCCUUAUCAGCAGCAACAAUGAAUGACCGUAUGUUCUAUUCAAAUACCAUCAAACACAUUGCAUUCACUAGUAAAACGAAUACUACUGAUUUAUCAAUGCAUGUCACGCCAAUGAUGACGCCAAUACGUUCGAAUAGAACAACGAAGUUUUCGACACCUGCAUCGCUUCAACGGCGUCGUGCUUUAGGUCAAGUAAAUUCAAAUAGUAAACCAAUCUGUCCGAUAUUGACAAGUGAUGACCUUUCUCUAUCGACUGAUCUGAAAGAUCUACAUCUCAAACAUGAUGAAUUAGUUAUCCUCCAAGCACCUUCUCCUGCAAAAUCGUUCUCCUACGUAGAAGAUGAUCUUCCACAUCGAUCAGUUCAUCAUAACGCAGAUACAUUUAAUGAUCUUAUGCCAACGAAUGAACGCAUCGAAUGUAUGAUACGCACAAAAUCAACUGGCAUAAAUAUUUUUACUUUCCACGGUGGAAUCGAAAAUACAAUUCGUUAUCAGUCACCACAAUGUUCUCGUGUCGAUGUUUUUACUUUGCUUGAUAUGCUUGAGUAA